UCUCUCUCAUUCUCUUCUAGGGAUUUCUUUUUAAAGAGAAUCCACAGAGUUUCCCAAAAAUCAGAUCCAGUUUACGGUGAUCGUUUCUUAGUCGACGUGGAACUUGGUUUACAGCAUAGCAACCAAUCAUUUCGCUUGUCAGAACACGUCUAUCAGAAGAAGGGAAGUGACAAGUUGUGUUUUCCUGAAGGAAUCAACUGGAACAGCCAAGCCAUGGUGUACUUCAUACUUCCUGUCAAAGACCAAGGACGAUGGGUCUAUCAUUUUAUCAAUGAACUUACUGUUGCCAGCUUAUUGACCGGUGAUACGAACUUCCACGUCGUUGUUGCUGACUUUGAAAGUCAGGAUAUUGAUAUGGCCGAAGCUUUUAACACUUCUCUGUUCCGCAGCAGACACACCAUUGUUGACAUGACGGGUGAAUUCUAUAAGACACUCGCGCUAAACGAGGCUGUCGCUCGUGUUCCAAGCGAGCAUGAUAUACUAUUUCUGUAUGAUCUUCACAUUGAUGUUCCUGUAGACAUCAUGGACAGCGUCAGAAAGGUAACGUAAAAGUGCAAAUGCAAUCACGUUAGAAGUAGUCUCUGUAAGAGUCCUAAGUGAACGAUAGUUCGAAUGCGUCACCUAGGGGUGCAAGAAAUUACAGCUCACCGGAGAAAGAGAAAACGAUGAGGGAAGGAAAGUGGCAGUUGCCUCAAUAGCGU